AUGAACGCCUCCAGCAGAGUCUUUCGCCAUGAACCGCUCGACUAUAGCAUCAAAUCGAUCCGAGUCAUCCGCAUUCUUCCAGACCUCUAUGUCUGGGGCAAGCCUCCAUCGCAUCAAAAUAUCAUAGUCAAUGGCGCUAGUUUCGCCGUCCGCCAAAACCUUUUUGAUUUUCUCGAAAAGACACGUCCUCUAACCACAUCAGAAUCAUACUGGUGGAUCGACGCGGUCUGCGUUGAUCAAGAUAAUGGCAUUGAAAGAAAUCACCAGGUACAGCAGAUGGGCAAGAUAUACUCAUACGCGCAAUGCGUCUACAUCUGGCUUGGAAAACUGCCCUCAAUACCGUCGAUCGCGUGUCUCCUCUCUCCACCAUGGUCCAUGCUUUCAAGCAAGAAGCAGUACCGGCGCCGCAUCUGCAAUGUCGACGUGUACCAGAACCCGUAUUGGGGACGCGCCUGGGUGACGCAAGAAAUCGUGCUUGCGCGACACCUGAAAGUUUUUAUAAAAGAUACGGUCCUGGAUUUCAGGGACUUCAUAAUCGCUAUUGGAUACCCGACAAGUCCUAGUAAGAGACGAGGUCAGGCUUUGUUACCCAAGUACCCUGGACCGAAGCUGGGUGUAAGUAGGAUCGAGCAGUAUCUCCUCGUCAAGCCUGACCUGCUUACACCCGAGACACCUGAGGAUGGGGGAAGAGCUAGUGUGUGGUACUCCGGCCUCAUCGCAUUGUUGGACAGAUUUAGGACAUGGGGAUGUGCUAUCCCCCGCGACCGUAUCUUCUCCCUUCUAGCACUAUGUGAGGAGGGGAGAGGGAUCACGGUUGACUACGACGUUCGCGAGGAAGAAUUGGGAUAUCAAGUGUUGCAAAACUGCACUGAGCACGCUUUGUCUUUGCUCUGCCAUGCUCCGUGGGAGAAGCGCUUCAAGUUUCACCUCCGGGGUCGGACGAAGUAG